UAUAUUAUUGCAUUAAAAUAAAAGUUCGUAGAUUUUUUGGGUAAUUCAAAGACAAUGUUUAUAGGUAUUUGUAAAUAGAUUUAUUUACUCGCAUACCUAUAUGUCGCUAUAAACUUUCGUUCCAAUAUACGAUCGGUUAUAAGAAAUUAAGUUGUAUAUAUUAUUUUCUUUCGAAUUUGUUUCUGAUAUUUAUUCAUUUAUUACUGCAUUACAAUUGAAUUGCCGAUUCAACAAUAAAUUACACAUUAUUAAGAUCGUGUAAAAAUUUCAACAUAACGUAACAAUUCGAGAAGAGGGGUUUUCGGUCCAAACAUAUUAACGAACUCGUCGAACCUGUUAAGUAUUACGUAAACAAGACGGGAAAGUACAUUUCUCUCAUGGAUCUUAAAAGAAAGAGUAGUCGGUUGUGGGCCUUUAUUCCAAAGAGAAGAGCUCUAUAGGAGCCGAUACGAUCGGCGUAGUGUACAAGAAAAAUACGAAUUGAUACGCAAAAAUCGAUCGUUCUGUGACUAAUCGGUAACUCGUGUAAUAUCACAUAAACGAAGCUUGUUCAGUAUGAGGAUUCUAUGGCCAUUCUUCAUUACCGUAGCAACCGGCAGCGCUUUUCUACACGUCGUCAAGAAUAAUAUUCAUUCGUCUGGAGAGAAAUAUACAAACGACACUAAGUAUGACUUUAUCGUCGUAGGAGCUGGAUCGGCAGGAUCCGUGUUAGCAAAUCGUCUAUCGGAGAACAAGAGAUGGCGAGUUCUAUUAUUGGAAGCGGGAUACCCGGCAAAUAUAUUCAAUCAAAUUCCAGUGUUUGUUAGUUUUUUUCAAUUGACUGAUUUCAAUUGGGGUUACAACGUGGAGCCUCAGAAGAACGCCUGUCUGGGAAUGGUAAAUCGUCAGUGUGCUUGGCCACGAGGUAGAGCCUUGGGCGGCACGAGUAUCUUAAACUAUAUGAUCCAUACACGUGGGAACAAGUACGACUACGACGAAUGGGCUAGUUUGGGCAACGUGGGCUGGUCUUACGCGGACGUUCUGCCGUAUUUUAAGAAAAGCGAAAGAUUUAACGUACCAGGCAUCAAGAACUCUAUGUAUCAUAAUGAAGACGGUUACUUGUGCGUGGAACAUGUACCAUAUCAUACGAAGCUGGCAACCGCAUUUCUAAAUGCUGGAGAAAAGUUGGGGUAUAAAAUCAUCGACUACAAUGGCCAAGAUCAGAUAGGUUUCUCAUAUAUUCAAGUAAAUAUGGAUCGUGGAACGCGAUGCAGCGCUGCCAAGGCCUAUCUCGAGCAAAUUAAUCGGUCAAAUUUGGAAAUAAUCACUGGUGCUAGAGUAACCAAAAUACUAAUCGAUGCGGACAAGCAUGCUUAUGGCGUUGAGUAUGUUAAGGACAACGUAUGGAAAAAAGUGACUUGCUCCAAGGAAAUUUUAUUAUCAGCCGGUACGAUCGACUCAGCAAAAUUGUUAAUGCUAUCGGGAAUUGGACCAAAAGAGCAUCUUGAAGAACUAAACAUUCCGGUAAUUCAGGACUCCAAAGUCGGUUACAACAUGUACGAACACAUCGGUUUCCUAGGAUUGACUUUUAUGGUGAAUCAAAGCGUGUCACUGCUACAGAACAAGCUCCUUAGUCCAAGUGUAGUCCUAGAAUACCUUCUGUACAAGGAUGGUUUAUUAACGAUUCCAGGUGGUGCCGAGGCGCUUGCAUUUAUUAGAACCAAGUACGCUUUUAACCAAAAACCAGAUAUUGAACUUCUCUUCGUAUCUGGUUCUCUACAUUCGGAUAACGGUCAAGCCAUAAGAAGAGGUCUAAGAAUUUCACAGGAUCUAUACGACGCCGUCUAUAAACCAAUCGAAAAUCAGGAGGCUUGGUCGAUCUGGCCGAUUAUUCAAAAUCCCAGAAGCGUUGGCCGUCUGACAUUGCGAUCAAAAAAUCCAUUCGAGCCACCCAAAAUGGAUCCAAACUUUUUCAGUCAUCCAGCUGAUUUAGAGAUUAUUUUAGAAGGAAUAAAACACGCUAUUAACAUAUCUAAAACCGAAGUUUUUCAGGCUUACGGCAGUCGACUGCAUGACCUUAAAAUACCAAGCUGUGCACAGUUUGAGUUUGCUUCCGAUGAUUAUUGGCGUUGCGCAAUCAAGCAUCUACCGUCAAUGAUGAAUCACGAAAUAGGCACCGUUAAAAUGGGACCUCGGACAGAUAUUUACGCGGUUGUCGAUCCAGAGUUAAAAGUAUACGGUAUUGAAUCACUCAGGGUAGUGGACGCUUCGAUUAUGCCUACGAUGCCUAAUGGUCACGUGAACGCAGGAAUAUAUAUGAUCGGUGAGAAAGCAGCAGAUAUGAUCAAAGAAACUUGGAAGAACGAGUUAUAAAAUUUACAAGUAGCUCAGAAAAUGACAACGAGAUCCUUGAUCAAUGAUCCUUGAUAUUAAAGUUGCCAUGUUUUUACGAUGAUUUCCGUUAUCAUUUUCUAAGCUUCUUGUAAAUUUUAGAACUCUUUCUUCUAAGUUUCUUUGAUCAUAUCUACUGCUUAAGAUUAAAAAUGCGUAAAUAAAUUUUUUAUACAAUGUUGUUCAAUUUGCAACAAUUUAGAGAAUAAAAAAAUAAAAUAAAAAACAAAAAAGUAAUAAGAUUUUGUUAGUUGAUUUCUUGGCGUUUAAAUUACGUUAUUAUAAUGUAUGUAUGAAGGCUCUUAUUUUUUAUAACUUUGAAGAUUCAAAACUUUGAAAAAUCUGUGGAAACAGCAAAUUUAUUCAGAAAAAAAUAUUGUUAAUAAAAAAAUUAACAUAUACUUCAAAAAUUAUUAAAAUAUUACUAUUGUAAAUUACAAUUUCAAAACAUAAAAUAAGUUUUCGGAAUAAUUAGAUAAAAUACGUGCAAAUGUAAAUAAGAAAAAAUAUCAUACAAUAAACAUACAUAACUCGAAUAAAAAUCAGGCGUCCCUUGUGUCAUAUACAAUACCACAUUAGAUAUUAAUAUGACAUACCUGAUUAUGUUUCUCUAGAACAGUACUUUUGAAGAAUAUUUUAUCCUCAUAACAAUUUUAAAAAUAAAUCGGACAUGCUUAAUAUUGCAUCAGUCAAAACAUUCUCCAGUUUGUCCUAAAAAAAUUUAGAUGGAGUUUCAAAAAGGUGAUUUUGCUGUCGAUUGAUAUAUUUUGGAGCGCUAAUUACGUAUCAUCAUGAUAAUCACCGACAAGGUCAUUUUUAAGAUUAAAA